UCAUUUCUGCCAUUAUGUAAGUAAGCAUCUAACUUUUGGUCUGUGUAUUUGUGGCAGAUUUUUUGCAGGGAAAAGUACCUUCUUUUAGAACAGCUGGUGUUAUUCUAUAUACAUGUGGGAUUCAUAUAAAAGCCAGGCUUCUAAGUGUAGGUUUGUUUUUUCUUUGGAAAAUCCCAUCAAUGUGGUUUUGUUUGGAGAGUUCGGAUGGAUGUAUGCAAACCAGAGCAACGAUUACACAAGCUUGCUGCUGCGGAUCCCACAAGACCACCCCUUGUUUCUGCUGAAAAGAACAACGGGCCACUCAACACCAGACAUUCUCGAACUAGGGAAGUUAGUUCGAGGCAUAAAUCACCCACUCCAUCAACACCUUCUGGUCCUAGGCGUUGUCCAUCUCCAACCCCAAGUAGAACAACCCCUACACCUUCCCCAGGGGUGCAAAAGAGAGCUGUAUCGGCUGAGAGGAAACGUCCCGCAACACCACCUCCACUUCAAAUUACCUCUACUCCAGUUAAUGAUUCAUCAACAGCUGCGCCAAUAUCCUCUAGAAGGCUAUCAACUGGACGUAUACCAGAUAGUUUAUGGCCUUCUACCAUGAGAAAUCUUAGUGUUCCGUUUCAGUCUGGUACUCUUUCUCCUGUUAGCAAAAAGGAAAAAGAAAAGCCGGUUAGUAAUGUUUCCUUGGAUCGCACUUUGAGACCUUCUUCAAAUGUGGCUCAUAUAAAACAAUCAGAGACCUCUACUUUAUCAAGGAAGCCUAGCCCAGAGAGAAAGAGAAGCCAUCUUGAAGGGGAAAAUGCACCUGAUCAGUCUGAAAAUGCAAAACCUGUUGAUGGUUUGCCUAGUCGAUUGAUAGACCAUCAUCGAUGGCCUAGUAGAAUUGGUGGGAAAUUAUCUUCCAAUUCACCGAACAAAAGUGUGGACCAGGGGUGUAAAAUUGUAAAAAAUUUAUCCACACCAAAUCUAGAAUUAUCUUCACUGAAGAGAAUGCCAGUGUCUGAUAGUUCAGCUAAACCGCUGCUGAAAUCUUCUAAUGAUGCUGGAAGGCUGUUAUCAAUUGAUGACAUUGGUCGAGUAGGGUUUGCGGCAACUUCAAUUGAUGAUAAGCCUCGGCGGGCAUCUUUUCCUGCCAGCAUCCUUUCUCCUAGUUCAUUGGACAAAACGCCAUUAACAACUUCAGGAUCACAAUCUCAGUCACCUCGUAAGACCUCUGUUUCUAGGGGAGUCAGUCCACAUCUACCAAGACCUUCCACUCCAACUGCAAGAGGAGCCAGUCAUACUUCAAGGGGAGUCAGUCCAACUCCAAGGGGAGUCAGUCCAACUCGGAUGAGGACUUCUACCUCAUCAAGUCAAUCUCAUAGCUCGACUCCGGUUCUCAGUCCAACUCCAAGGGUAGUCAGUCCAACUCGGAUGAGGACAUCCACCUCAUCAAGUCAAUCCCAUAGCUCAACUCCAGUUCUCAGUCCAACUACGAGUGGGACAUCCACCACAUCGAGUCUAUCCUAUAGCUCAACAUCAGUUAUCAAUUCAACUGCAAGGGUUGUCAGCCCAACUCGAAUGAGGACAUCCACCUCAUCCAAUCAAUCCCAUAGCUCAACAUCAAGAGUACUUAGUCCAACCCGGAUGAGGACAUCCACCUCAUCAAGAAAAACCCAUAGUCGAUCCCAUAGCUCAUCUUCAGUUCUCGGUUCAAAUUCAAGAGGUGUCAGUCCAACUCCAAGAGGUGUCAGUCCAACUCCAAAGGUAGUCAGUCCAACUUCAAGAGGUGUCAGUCCAACUCCAAGAGGUGUCAAUCCAACUCCAAGGGUAGUCAGUCCUACUCGGAUGAGGACAUCCACCUUAUCGAGUCAAUCCCAUAGCUCAACGUCAGUUCUCAGUUUUGUCACAGAUUGUAAGAAGGGAAGAAAAGGUGUCAACUCAAUGGAGGAUGCUCAUCAACUGCGUCUUCUUUACAAUCGCUAUCUGCAGUGGCGUUUUGCUAAUGCCCAUGCAGAAGCUGUAUUUGAUAUUCAGAAAGUAAAUUCAGAGGAAACUUUGUACAAUGUAUGGAAUGAUACUUUGGAUCUCUGCAACGCUUUGAUCAAGGAAAAGAUCAAUCUCCAAUGGUUGAAGUUAGAGCUCAAGCUGGACUCUCUUUUGAAUCAUCAAAUGGCAUACCUCGAUAACUGGGCAUUACUUGAGAGAGAUCAUAUAAGUUCCUUAGCUGGAGCAGAAGAAGAUCUAGAGGCAAGCACCCUCCUUAUUCCCAUAACUGGUGGGGCAAAGGCAGAUAUUGAAUCAUUGAAAGCUGCUAUUUGCUCUGCUGUCGACGUGAUGCAGGCUAUGGGAUCCUCCAUUUGUUCUUUACUCCCAAAGGUGGAAGGGGUAAACUAUAGGGUUUCUGAGCUUGCUGCAAUUGGUGCACAAGAGAAAAACAUGCUCGACCAAUGCGAAGCGCUGUUGUCUUCAACGGCAGCUAUGCAAUUGGAAGAAUGCAGCCUUAUGGCUCAUCUCACGCAAACAAAACAACCUUUGAAGAAGAGUAAGCAGCCAACCACGGCAGCCAAAGCAUUUCCGUGGCCGUGACCGUGACCGGCUGCUAAUGCCGAUAUUACCACUGUAAGUGAGAUUAAAUUACAAAAAUCUUCUCUUCCCUGUAAUUG